AUGGUGGUGGAGAAGGCCCUUCUCGCCGCUCGGCAGGGGGACGUUCAGACGCUUAAAGUGCUCUUCGCGGAAAAAGUAUUGCACAGAAAUAUAAAGGACCCGCUCGGAGCCACUCCGGUUCACCACGCUGCCCGGUCCGGGAAACUCACCUGUCUGCGCUACCUGGUGGAGGAGGCCGGGCUACCGGGCAACAGCCUAGCGAAGAACGGCGCGACCCCGGCGCACGAUGCCGCUGCAACGGGCAACCUGGCCUGUUUGCAGUGGCUCAUAACGCAGGCAGGGUGCGGAGCUGCGGACAGGGACAGCUCUGGGGCCACUGUCCUUCACCUGGCCGCCCGCUUCAGCCACCACGAGAUAACCGAAUGGCUGCUGAAGGGGGACAGGGCGGACCCCAGGGUCGUCACGGAUACGGGGGCACUGCCUGUUCACUACGCCGCUGCCAAGGGAGACCUGCCCUCACUGAGGCUCCUGCUCGGGCACAGCCCAGGAGUGGUCAAUGCCCAAACAAAGAAUGGUGCCACACCCCUUUAUUUGGCCUGCCAAGAGGGUCACUUGGAGGCUGUCCAGUACCUGGUGAAGGACUGUGGGGCGGAGCCCCGCAUCAGAGCCAAUGACGGAAUGACUCCUCUCCAUGCCGCCGCCCAGAUGGGACACUCCACAGUCAUCGUUUGGCUGAUGAGUUUCACAGAAAUCAGUCUGUCUGACCGGGACAGCGAAGGUGCCACCCCCAUGCAUUUCGCCGCCAGCCGCGGUCACUCCAAGGUGCUGAGCUGGCUGCUGCUCCACGGGGGAGAGAUCGUCAGCGACAGCUGGGGGGGGACCCCCCUGCACGAUGCCGCGGAGAACGGGGAGCUGGAGUGCUGUCAGAUCCUGGUGGUGAACGGGGUGGAUCUGGGGAUCCGAGACCAGGACGGCCUCACAGCUGCAGACCUGGCUGAGUACAAUGGCCAUUUCCAGUGUGCCAAAUACCUGCGCACCGUCGAGAACAUGCAGCUCGUUGCUGGUGUUUUAUCCGUGGAGCACCGUGUGUUGUCGAGGGACACCUCAGCAGAGCAGGAGUACAAGCAGCCGGAUUCGGGUGUCUCCUCCCCGCACACCAACGAGGACUCCUGCAGCUCCACUGAGGAAAGGAGGGCCACAGCGCCCCCUGCAGAUCAGAACCGCUCAGACAUGCAGAACUACAUGGACCUGCUGCACCCAGGCCCUGUGACCUCAACGCCCAGCACCGCGUGCCCCCCUCCCCCGCCCACCUUCCCCCCUCCUCCACCCCCAGCCACACCUCUCCCCAACCCCUCCCAGCCGCCCCCUUCCCCACCUGGCUACUCUGCCCCCACCCCCCCCACAGACCACGCCUCAGCUGAGAUCUACCUGCAGGUGAAGAGCAACCUGCGUCAUGUGGAGACCGAUGCUCCCAAGAAAGAACCGACUGCAGGAGAGAACCCGGACAGACUGCGCAGGGUCGACUCCAACAGGAAGUCCCGCAGCUUCAACAAGCAGCCCAGCACUGGGGACUACUACAAGACCCUGGGUGGUGACACGGCCGAACACCACGGGGCCAGAACCAUGCAGCCCGGCGAGCAGGGCUCUGUCCUGCUGGAGCAGGCAGCGGACAGCCCCCCCAAAGCGGAGAACGGGGCCUUGGAGGGGCAGCCCCCUGCAAUGCCCCCACCUCCACCCCCCCUCCCCUCCAACGGGCCCCCUCCUCCACCUCCACCUCCGCCACCACCGCCCUCGGACACUCCACCCCAGAAGAGCUCAGAGCAGCGGCGGCCAUCAUCCACAGGAAGCACGAAGUCGUUCAACAUGGUGUCCCCGACCGGCGACAACGCCGAGCUGCUGGCCGAGAUUAAGGCAGGGAAGAGCCUGAAGCCGACGCCUAACAGCAAAGGAUACACAGCUGGGAGCAACGGCUCCACCUCCGGGAGCAAUGGACAGAGGCCCUCUUCUCCGCCUGUUACCCCAGCAGCCCCAUCUACACCUGCCCCCUCGCCGCUCCCCCCAACAACAUCCCCAACUCCACCUGCACCAAACAGUGUCUCCGCCCCUAAGCCCCAGCCAACCACAGCAAACGUUCCCGCCCAGAAAUCCCAGCCAACUGCAGCCAAUGUCCCCGCCCACAAGCCCCAGCCAACCACAGCAAACGUCCCCGCCCGUCAGCCCCAGCCAACCACAGACAGUGUCCCCGCCCCCAAGCCCCAGCCAAUCGCAGGCAGCAUUGAGAAGCUGCCCCCCACAGCCAAUGGCGGCGUGGAGCCAGGCCGUGCCCACAGGACCAGCCUGGCAGACGUGGAGGCGCUGGUCCCCACCCACGAUGAGCAGGGCGUGGCCAUUCCGGAGUGGAAGAGGCAGGUGAUGGUGCGCAAGCUGCAGGUGAAGAUGCAGGAGGAGGAGGAGCUGCAACGCAAGGUUCGCUGGGCCAGCGGGUGGCGGGGGUGUCCCCAAGACUGGCACUACUCCCACACCCACAAUGCCAUCCUGGGCCCGUUUGGCGAGCUGAUGACGGAGGGCGACCUGCUCCGCAUCGAGCGGCAGAUCGAGAACCUGCAGGUGAUGCACAAGGUGCAGGCGGUGGAGACGGAGCUGGAGCAGCUGGAGAGGGAGCUGACGCAGCUGCUGCCCGUGUCGGCCGCCAUCAGCCAGCAGCACUUCUCCGUCAACCCCCGGCAGGUGCACGGCCAGGCCGAGGACCUGCCCGAGUGGUGCAGCAAGAUCUCCACGCUGCUGAAGAACAUGGCCAUCCUGCUGGCCACCCUCGGGGGCAAGGAGAUCGACAUCCUGGACCUGGUGUACCCGGGGUACGCGCAGGAGGAGCGCAAGGCCGCAGCCUCCCGGCCUGACCCCGCCCAGCCCCCCGCCCCCGUCAACAUCGGCCGCUCCCAGUCCUUCUCCACUCGGGAGGAGGUGGAGAGGGAGAUCAGGCAGUGCGGUGUGUCGGUGAAGAACCUGAAGGCCAACUACGAGCUGCAGAGCCAGCCCCAUGCCGCGGACAGCGUCGGCAGGGUGUAUAUGCGCAAGCGGUCCCUGCCCGUGGGGAGCGAGACGGCGGGGGGCCGCAGGUCGGAGCCCAUCCUGGAGGAGGAUUACAUCUCCUCCACUGAGGACAUCAACUGGUCCGGCGAGAGCAUGCACCCGCCGCCGAACGCCGAAAAUGGCCAGCCUGUGGCCCCGGCGUCCCACACUGCUCUGGCCUACCCUCCCUCUGAAAGCCCCUCCCAGUCAGGGCCCGCGUCCCAACCGGACCAGGCGACACGCAGCCUGGAGGUGCAGACGGACCUGAGCUACAUGCAGGAGUACAUCGACCUGAGGAAGGAGCGCAUCGUCUUCCUGUUCCUGGAGCACUGGAGGAAGUACACCUUCACGGGCGCGGUCAGGCCGCGGGCGGCCGGCCGGCAGGGCAGUCUGGGGGCGGGCCCGCAGAGCGAGGACGACCAGCUCAUCUACCUGAUGAAGGAGCGGCAGGUGGUGGGCAACCUGAUCGGCCACUGGAGGGCGAUCUUCAGCCAGGUGCCCAGCCGGCAGAUCCGCCGCCUCAGCCGGGCCCACAUUGUCUACUGGCCCGAGCACUUUCUGCCGCACAUCAACGGCGCCCCCGUGGCCUACGGCAGCCUGACCCUCGACCUCUUCAUGCUGGGCUACUUCCAGCUGCUGGAGAUGAGCAUGUCGCGGAGCGAGCGCAAGUUCAGGCACCUGCUGUGCUUCGAGAUGUUCGACCGGCUGGGCACGCACAGCUGGGAGCUCAUCCGCGACUUCCACCGGGAGGUGAUGGUGGAGGUGGAGUCCGGCAGGCGGGACUGGGCUGACGGCUUCGAGGACAUCAAGCGGAAGUACUUUGGUGACAGCGCUGAGGUGGCGGAGGGGGCCAGCGGGGUUUCAGUGUUGGAUAUCCUGGAGGAAGAGCUGGCUCCUGCAGUCAUGACCCGUAAGGACUCCAUUCAGUUGAUCUCCGAACUGGGAGAAUUCAGCAACGAGGAGAUCUGCAGAUACAUCGACCGCAGUUUCUCCUUCUGGAAGGAGAAGGAGGCGGAGCUCUUUGAGAUAAAGGAGGAGGACCACCAGAGGAUAAAAAAGGAAAACAAGGAGAAGACCGAGCUGGAGAAGAUUCGAACCUUGGGCUACGACGAGAACAAGCUGGCCCCGUGGCAGCGGCAGUUUAUCUUGAGGAAAGGAAAGAAGCAUUAG